AUGAGCCUGAGGCGCGCGGGGCGGGCGGGGCGGCCGGCCGAGGCUGCCGCGGGCCCCCCGGGGCCGGGCGCCCGGGCCCCGGGCUUUGUUCGCCGCCGCUCCCCACCGGCCCGGGCGCGCGGGGGGCGGCGCUUCCUCCGCCCGGAGGGUGGGACCCUCGGCCUCCGCCAGGCCUCGGACCGCCGCCGACACCUCUCGCUGCUCCAGGAGGACCUGCAGGAGGACGCGGACGGAUUUGGUGUGGAUGACUACAGCUCAGAGUCUGAUGUGAUUAUUAUACCUUCAGCCCUGGACUUUGUCUCACAAGAUGAAAUGUUGACGCCCCUGGGGAGAUUGGACAAGUAUGCUGCAAGUGAGAACGUAUUUAAUAGACAAAUGGUGGCCCGGAGUUUGCUGGAUACAUUGAGGGAAGUCUGCGAUGAUGAAAGAGAUUGUAUUGCUGUUUUGGAAAGAAUUAGCAGAUUAGCUGACGAUUCAGAACCAACUGUGAGAGCAGAGCUGAUGGAACAGGUGCCUCAUAUUGCAUUGUUUUGUCAAGAAAACCGGCCUUCAAUCCCAUAUGCUUUUUCCAAAUACUUACUACCUAUUGUGGUUAGAUAUCUCGCAGAUCAGAAUAAUCAGGUAAGAAAAACAAGUCAGGCAGCUUUGCUGGCUCUGUUGGAGCAAGAGUUAAUUGAACGAUUUGAUGUGGAGACCAAAGUGUGCCCCGUCCUCAUAGAGCUAACUGCCCCAGAUAGCAAUGACGAUGUGAAAACAGAAGCUGUGGCUAUAAUGUGCAAAAUGGCUCCCAUGGUUGGGAAGGACAUUACGGAGCGUCUUAUCCUGCCUAGGUUUUGUGAGAUGUGCUGUGAUUGCAGAAUGUUUCAUGUUCGAAAGGUCUGUGCUGCGAACUUUGGAGAUAUCUGCAGUGUAGUUGGCCAGCAAGCUACUGAAGAAAUGCUGCUGCCCAGGUUUUUUCAACUUUGUUCUGAUAACGUAUGGGGAGUCCGGAAAGCUUGUGCUGAAUGCUUCAUGGCGGUUUCAUGUGCAACAUGUCAAGAAAUCCGACGGACUAAAUUAUCAGCACUGUUUAUUAAUUUGAUCAGUGAUCCUUCACGUUGGGUUCGCCAAGCAGCAUUUCAGUCUCUGGGACCUUUCAUAUCUACUUUUGCUAAUCCAUCAAGCUCAGGCCAGUAUUUUAAAGAAGAAAGCAAAAGUUCAGAAAAUACUUCAGUAGAAGACAAAGAUAGGAUCAGAGAUCAAGAAGUCCCAGAAGAUGUACAAAUCAGGCCAGAGGAUGUUCCUUCAGAUUCCAGUAUUAGUAAUUCCAGUGUCAAACUGGAGAACACGAUGGAAGAUCAGACUGAAACAACUAGGAAACCUCCAGGUGAAAUAAGUGUUCCAAUGGACAGUUCUUUACUUUGUACUUUGUCCUCAGACUCUCAUCAGGAAGCAGCUAGUAAUGAAAAUGAUAAAAAACCUGGUAACUACAAAUCUACAUUACGGCCAGAGGUCGGCACCGGUUCACAAGAUUCUGCUCACUUAGAUCAGGAAUUAUACAACUCUUUCCAUUUCUGGAGGACUCCUCUUCCUGAAAUAGAUCUAGAUAUAGAGCUUGAGCAAGGCUCUGGGAAUAAACUCAACCCAGAGAGACCAGAAGAAACACCUGAAGUAACCAUACCAGGUUCUUCAAACAUCACUAUGGCCACCAGAAAGGAACUUGAAGAAAUGAUAGAAAAUCUAGAGCCUCAUAUUGAUGAUCCGGAUGUUAGAGCACAAGUGGACGUGCUGUCUGCCGCGCUGCGAGCUUCCAGUCUGGAUGCUCACGAAGAGGCCAGCGACCCAGAGAAGAAAAGUGAUGUGCAAGAUGAACUGGGUGUCAGUGAGCAGCCAAACUGUAAAAUGAAUCGCGAUGCCUCCGUGCCUUUAAUCAGCGAUGCUGUCGAGAACAUGGACUCCACCCUUCGUUAUAUUCAUAAUGAUUCAGACUUGAGCACUAGUAGUAGUUUCAGCGCUGAUGAGGAAAGGAGACCUAAAGUACAGGACGUUGUGCCUCAGGCUCUGUUAGAUCAGUAUUUAUCUAUGACUGACCCCUCUCGUGCACAGACAGUCGACACUGAAAUUGCUAAGCACUGUGCAUACAGUCUUCCAGGCGUGGCCCUGACCCUUGGCAGGCAGAACUGGCACUGCCUAAGAGAGACUUACGAGACUCUGGCAUCAGACAUGCAGUGGAAAGUUCGAAGAACUUUAGCCUUCUCCAUCCAUGAGCUUGCAGUUAUUCUUGGAGAUCAGUUGACAGCUAUAGAUCUGGUUCCAAUUUUUAAUGGAUUUUUAAAAGACCUCGAUGAAGUAAGGAUAGGUGUCCUUAAACACUUGCAUGAUUUUUUGAAGCUUCUUCAUAUUGACAAAAGAAGAGAAUAUCUUUAUCAACUUCAGGAGUUUUUGGUGACAGAUAACAGUAGAAAUUGGCGCUUUCGAGCUGAACUGGCUGAACAGCUGAUCUUACUUCUAGAAUUAUAUAAUGCCAGAGAUGUUUAUGACUACUUACGCCCCAUUGCUCUGAAUCUAUGUGCAGAUAAAGUUUCUUCCGUUCGUUGGAUUUCCUACAAGUUGGUCAGUGAGAUGGUGAAGAAGCUCCACAUGGCGACGCCGCCGACAUUUGGCGCGGACCUCAUCCGCGAGCUGGUGGAAAACUUCGGCAGAUGUCCCAAGUGGUCUGGACGUCAAGCCUUUGUCUUUGUCUGCCAGACUGUCAUUGAAGAUGAUUGCCUUCCCAUGGAACAGUUUGCUGUGCUUCUGAUGCCACAUCUGCUAACCUUAGCAAAUGAUAGGGUUCCAAACGUUAGAGUGCUCCUUGCAAAGACACUAAGACAAACACUACUAGAAAAAGACUAUUUCCUGACCUCUGCCAGCUGUCACCAGGAAGCUGUGGAGCAGACCAUCAUGGCUCUUCAGAUGGAUCAUGACAGUGACGUCAAGUACUUUGCAAGCAUCCACCCUGCCAGCACCAAAAUCUCUGAAGAUGCGAUGAGCACAGCUUCCUCAACCUACUAA